UAUGGUGCGAAUCGAGCUAUCGUCGACGUCGAAGCUGUCAAACAUGGCGAGAAUGUCGAUCUCGAGUGCUGGUCAAAAAUGUGAAUAGAGGUGUCGGUUUGUGGUGAGAUUCGUGAAUCUCGGGUGUUCUCGUCGUCGGCAGAGGCCGGCGAGAGAUGCGAUCGAGAGUUAGACUGUCAGGCCGAAAGUGAAUGUGCCGAGUGAACGGCCCCGGCAGUUUUGCGGCCGGGAUUAAUGUAAGGGCAUGCCAAUUCGGGAACUAUGGGUGCUCAACAAACUAAGGAGAGAAUCGUUCCUGCCGGCUCUACCGCGCGACAGACGCGUAAACAGCCAAGAAAUCUUAAGGAAUCGCGGCUAGUUGGCUCCAAUAUAUUUACCGAGCACAGUGAAGCUCUUUUGCAAAGCAGACCGCUACCUCACAUUCCGGCAUUGCCAGAUGGUGAUCCUCCAAGCGGUUCCGGCAUUCAGCCAAUUUCACAGCAAGUAAAUAUUCAACAACAUACUGGUGUUCCUUCAACAGGGCUUUUAGAAGCUGCAAACAGGUGGACCAGUAAGGAAAACCUAUUAGCUCAAGAAGAGGAUGAUCCACAAUUGUUUGUUGCUCUCUAUGAUUUUCAAGCAGGAGGAGAGAAUCAGCUUAGUCUUAAGAAAGGAGAACAAGUUCGUAUUCUGAGUUAUAAUAAAAGUGGUGAAUGGUGUGAAGCUCAUUCAAGUACUGGUCAAGUGGGUUGGGUUCCAUCAAAUUAUGUUACCCCAGUAAAUUCUCUAGAAAAACAUUCUUGGUACCAUGGAAGAAUAUCCAGGAAUGCUGCUGAGUAUUUGUUGAGUUCUGGCAUAAAUGGUAGCUUUUUGGUUCGUGAAUCAGAAAGCAGUCCAGGUCAACGUAGUAUUUCUCUGCGAUAUGAAGGCCGAGUUUAUCAUUAUAGGAUUAAUGAAGACAGUGAAGGAAAGAUGUUUGUCACCACUGAAAGCAAAUUUAAUACUCUAGCAGAACUUGUACAUCAUCAUUCAAUGCUCGCCGAUGGUUUAAUCACACAAUUACUUUAUCCUGCACCAAAGCACAAUAAACCCACUGUUUUCCCACUUAGUCCGGAACCAGAUGAAUGGGAAAUCAAUAGAACAGAUAUAGUCAUGAGACAUAAAUUAGGAGGGGGACAAUAUGGAGAUGUCUAUGAAGCUGUUUGGAAGAGGUACAACAUGACUGUUGCUGUAAAGACAUUAAAGGAGGAUACAAUGGCUUUAAAAGACUUCUUAGAGGAAGCUGCCAUCAUGAAGGAGAUGAAGCACAGAAAUCUAGUUCAGUUAAUAGGUGUAUGUACUCGCGAACCGCCUUUUUACAUCAUUACUGAAUUUAUGAGUAAGGGGAACCUGUUAGAUUAUUUACGGAACGAAAGCAAACAUCAAAUUAAUGCAGUGGUUCUGAUGCAUAUGGCAACUCAAAUCGCUAGUGGAAUGAGUUACCUAGAAAGCAGAAAUUUCAUUCACAGAGAUCUAGCUGCUCGAAACUGCCUAGUGGGUGAAAAUCAUCUAGUGAAGGUCGCUGACUUCGGCUUGGCCCGGUUAAUGAGAGAUGAUACCUACACUGCUCAUGCUGGAGCGAAAUUCCCUAUAAAGUGGACUGCUCCAGAAGGAUUAGCUUACAAUAAAUUCUCUACAAAGUCUGAUGUAUGGGCAUUUGGAAUCUUGCUGUGGGAAAUAGCAACCUAUGGCAUGUCUCCAUAUCCUGGUGUUGAUUUAACGGAUGUGUAUCAUAUGCUGGAAAAAGGAUACAGAAUGGAAUGUCCGCCUGGAUGUCCACCAAAAGUUUAUGAAUUAAUGCGUCAGUGCUGGCAGUGGGCAGCUGCUGAUCGGCCAACUUUUAAAGAAAUUCAUCACUCCCUGGAAAAUAUGUUUCAAGAAUCCAGUAUUACCGAAGAAGUUGAAAAGCAGCUUCAAGGUGGAGGAGAAAUACCCUUACUAUCAUACAAGAAAUCUCAAACUGGUAGUACUGGAAAUAUCCAUGGACUUGUCCUUGUCUCUGAACCAUUACCAUCUUCAGAAACUACUAGUUCUGUAACGAAACUGAGUACAUUCACGGGUGGCUUGUCGAGUAAGAACAAUAGCAGCAUGGUACAGAUGAGGCGUUCUACAAAUAAAAAAGGAAAGCAAGCUCCAGCACCACCCAAAAGAACCAGCUUGCUGUCGUCGUGCAGUUCGUUCCGCGACUCUGCGUAUCAAGAGCAAGAUAUUCAGAACACUGAAUCGAACACCAUGAUUCUUGACGACGCCACGGAUCUAAAUGGUAUUGAUAAGAUACUCGAAGGUAUUGCGAGAGAUCUCGCGACGAUGGCUCAAGGAACGAUUGCUGCAGGAGGCUGCGAAAUCGAGGAGGAUGGAGAGGGUUCCCAGGGUACGGCGGAACCGAACUUCAUGUCUCAACCUUCAACGUCCCCGGAACCUAUACCUGGACUAUCUUGUUCCCAAAAACAAAUUAAAUCAAGACCUUAUCCAUCAAAGGAACCGUUACCACCGAAGGUGGUACAAGUAGGAGCUUUAGAAGUACAGAACGUAAAACGAGCCAUUAAUCGUUACGGUACAUUACCCAAAGGUGCUAGAAUUGGCGCAUUUCUUGAGUCAAUUCGUCAAAGCAGCAUGCCGUCGAAUCAAGAAUCUGCUUCAAUAACUUCUGCAAUGACACCUGGUUCAGUAGAGCAACAUGAUGCUUCCAUUGACAGCUCUCAACACAGAUCGCUUUCGCCUCGCCAAAGCAAUCUGAGGAGUCAGCCUCAAAUGACUCGCAGCAAUUCUUCAAGCGGUGUUGUCAAUACUUACCAACCUCCGAAUUCUCCUCGUGGCCGGGUUGUAGCUGUGAGGAAGAACAACCAAUCCGAUGGUGUUGGUCUCAGAACUUUUCGAGUCUCAAGUAACUCCAACUUUCGUACUGCAAGUCCCUCGAGGUCUGUUCAACCGUCGUUAGCCGAUUUAGAAUUUCCUCCUCCACCCGCUGACCUGCCACCACCUCCGGACGAAGCUUUCUCUACCCCGGAACAGGUUGAUCUUCCACCUCCUAUUUCUUGUGCAGAAAUUUCUCAAGUGAGAAGUUCUCCUCUCUCUAUACGAAAGGCAAAGAGUUCGGACUGGCGAACGAAGGAGGAAGACAGCGAACAACAAGAAGAUAGAAACGAUGUUAGUAACGCAGAGCCCUCUGUUAAAGAAGCUAGUUCGAGAUUCGGGGUUAAUCUGAGGCGCAGAGAAGCUCAAGACAACGCGCCUAGAACUUCCGAUAAUAAAAGAACGGGGUUUAAAUCUAGAAUAGAAACGGUUGAACCUGCUGCUCCACCGGAGGAAGCGCCACCUCCCCCUCCACCUCCGCCACCACCGGUUUCUAUGAGUACACCCCCCGACAGCUUCGAGCGUAAACCUGGCAUGAAAGAGAUGUUAGAAUUGAAAUUGAUAAAUGAGAUUAAACAAAGCGCAGAGACGAAACAUGGAGGGACUGCGAAAAAACCUGGAAUCACGAGCAGUACCCCGUCUGCACCCUUGGAUCCAGCGUCGCAGUUACUUUCGGAACUCUGUGCUAGUUUUAAUAUGGAUUCUGGUCAGAGACACGCCCAAAACGAAUAUGCUGUGUCAACUUUAAAAACCAAUGAGACGCCACAAGAUCAACAGCAACAAACUCACAACAUUUACAAGGACUCGUCAGUGUCGUCUCCAGUGACCGAGUCUAUUCUAUCCAGUGGAAACGUAGGAUUUAAAUUGAAAAGAGUGGAUAAGCGGAGCAAUCCACAAAAGGAAGAGACUCCUGAUGGGCAAAUAAUUGAUUUCAAGGCUAGACUCCGAAAAGUCGAAAAUACAGAAAAAGAAAAGUCUAUGGAGGACAAAAGCAAUAUUACCGAGCAGUCCUCAGAAUCAGAAGAGCAACAAGAUGACAAGCGUAGAAGUACUGGCAGUAUUAGUAGUUUGAAAAAGCUUUGGGAAAAUAAAGAAUCGUGUGAUAGUCAGCCUCACAGUCCGAAGCUUAGUGUUCGAGGAGGCAGUGGUAAAUCGGAAAUGCUUGAUCAGACCGAAGAUUCGCCGGAAGACCACAGUGGAGCCUCAACCCGCAGCCAGAGUUCUGGUAGCAAAAGCGAUACUAGAUUAUGGCCCCCGCCUGAACCAGAGAAACCUGUCGUGCCAGCAAAACCGCUAAAACCUCUCUGUUCUUCAGCGAAACAUUUCUGCUCUUCAAUAUAUGCAACACCCAAUUGUACGAAGUCUCAGCAUACAGAAGAUGAUUUAAGUAAGCAGAACACAGAUUCAAGAACCGCAAAACAGGCUGUAUUGGAGCUCUCGACGUUGAUCGAAAGUAGUGUACUAAAUCUGAAAAGUAAUUCGACGAUAGUAAUGACUAGUUGGCUACAACUAUCUGACAAGGUAGGGCUGUUGCACGGCAUGUGCACAAACCUUGCAGAUAGUGGCAUUGCUCCACACGCUCGGUUUCAAUUCCGCGAGCUUCUAUCUAGAUUAGAGCUCCAGGCACGGCAGCUUCGGGCUGCUGGUACACGAAAUGUUGCAGAGAAUACGAGACUUCUCACCGACUUGCAAAACACGAUAAAAGACGUGGUUAAUGCUGUGCAAAGAUAAACCACGGAGAUUGACUAUAGUUUUCACCAUCUAUCUCCACCCUUAUUCUUGUCCUCAUUUUCACUUAGCACAGAUUGGAAUGUUUGUAUGUCUAGAUUCGGUCGGACAUGUUUUAUGGAUUUCUUCGAAGAUCGUUUAUUUUCUAUUUUCCCUUCCCGUGCUGAGUAUUAUUACACUUCCUUAAAGUUUGUUAUCCCAUUUUAUUUGGGAUUCAUUUAGCAUGUUUCCAUUGUGUCGAACUCAGUUGUUCGUUUGCAAUAUUUUUCCUGGAGAUGACUCGAUCGAAGUCUGAAUUAUGAUUAUGGAGAGCACAUGAAAACCGAGGAUGCUUGAAAGCAAGGCUUCUAGCCGAAACACGGCCUCAGUUAAGAUAUCGGUUUGAUGGAAAAGUAAUAAAAAAAAAAAAGAAAAGAGUCUGAAGAUACAAUACUAAAUUAUCGAAGAAAAAUAUAUUCCAAUUUUCCAUCGAUACAUUUCUUAUUAUAGACUGCGAUUAGUCAUUUUCGUUCGAGUUUAGAAAUAUUGUUAGUGUUCAGUUGAUAUCAAUGCUCGAGGAACGUAUAGCGCGCAAAAUGUAAUUCACUGAUAUUUUCUAUCAUUAAGUACGGAGAUGAACAAACGAUACUUCUGAAAAGUAAUAUGAGCGUUGAUGUACGAUGAAUAAAUGAGGAUCAAACGUACUGGUUCCUUCAAUUUUUUUAACAAUAGUUUUAAACUUGUAGUAAAAGGACGAGCAAUCGCAGUUCAUAAAAAAAAGAAUAGAUAAUACAUAUAUGUAGUAUGGAUAACAGCAAGAUAUACUUUUUGUAUACUGAACACAUUAAUUUUUCGGAAUACACGUUAUUACUUUUACGUCGAUCCAAUAUUUAGUCUGCAUAAAUGAAGCUGUACGUAAAUUAUACACUCGUCCGCUAUACGAUAAAUGUGGUGAUUAUAGUUGUCGAGUAAAACGUCUCGGUGUUCUUUCAUCGAAAUUUCUUGCGCCGUGCUUCGUAAUAUCGUAUGCAAAGUCUUAGGCUAGAUUAUAAAUCAUAAGUGCGAAACUUUUAAGCGAGUAAGCCAUUUUAAUGCGUGAGAGGAUGUAACAAUUUUUGUAUUUGUAUAGAAUAAGUCGAGUACAGGUAUGCUUAAACAGUACAGUAAAACCUCGAUCAUGCAAACUAAUCAGAAGAAUAUCGUCAAGUCGAUGAACUUCUCGAUUAAUCAAACGCAACUUUCAAUCCCAUUCUAAUUAUAUUUUAUUUGAAAUCUAUUUCGUGCUGUAUUAUAAAAGUAGGUUAUUCUUAUUACUCGUAUCGAAAGAUAUUAAUUUUAUUACUUUGACGCAGCGACUGUACUAAUCGCUCAUAAUCUUCAAAACUUCUUGGAUUGUAGUAGAAUUUAUUGAAGUAAAAUAUUUAAUACUCGUCAACGUAAUGCAAUUAUCGUAAUACGAUCCUAUUCGUAUUUGAGUAAUCGAAAGUUCGAUCAAACGUUUGAAUAAUCAAAAAUCGAAUAUAUUAUACCGUUGAAUAAAGUCGAAGUUCUACUGUACAUUUACACAUAUAAAUCAGCGGGUGUAAUUAAUCAAAUUCUCAAACAUUAUAUUUUGUCUACAUCAUCACGUAGACAUUCUUCCAGAAUACGUUGAUGGAAAACGUGACUCCGGAUACUUCUAGAAGAAUCUUAAAAAAAUUAUUUCUUAAUUUAUAUUCCUUUUUAUCAAUCACUCUCAGUAAUAUCUGUGCAUUUAUAAAUUAAAAAAGGAAAUAAUUCACCAUUCCUUUGUAACGUAAAUUUUAAUUCCUUGCAGAUGAACUGUAAUUUCAAUCUUUUGAUUUUGAAUUGUAUUAUUAUUAGCAUUUACGUGUAUGUAAUCUAGCAUUUCUAACUGUUAGUGUAAUAAGUACCGUUUUUAAAGUUUGAUAUUGUAGUCUUCCAUAGAUAGGUUCCGGAGUCUUAAUAUGUUUUAUUCCACCACGUAACAUUAAGAAAUACGCAACGAUAAUGAAAUGCCACUCUAUUCGCAAGUCAAGCUGUUUUUCCUUAUAACACUGCCUACGUUAUGGCUACUAGAAUACAUCGAUCGACAACGCUAAUUAUGCGAACCGGACGUUUUCCUCUUUUCGGUCCGAUUACUCAAUUUUUGUUGCAUCGUUUGUACCUGUGAUACACCGAUCGACUUAUCUGUUAUCUUCAAAGAAAAAGAGAGGGAGUGAGAGAGGAUGGGAAGAAAAGAAAAAUCUGAGCGAUCGUAUGAAAGAAUCUUUGCGAGAUGAGAAUUCCUAGGUGUAUAGAUUUUUAAGUGGAAUUUUUAUCAAUUUCUAGUUAGCCCCGUAAAAGUACUGAACCAAAAUAUUAUCUGUAAAUACUUAAUAAUUUUCAAGAAAUCACGCAUAAUAUCUUACAAUUUAAUGUUCAUUUUAAGAGAGUAUUAGCCUAAUUAUAUAUAAUUUUUCUAAACACUAUUCCUGAUUCUUAUUAAAUGAAGAAUCAUGUAUUGCAAAGACUGUUUUAUCUAUUAUAGGCAGACAACUAACUGUGAAUUUUUGAUCUACGAACUGCAUGUUGUGUGUAAUUUUUAAAUUUUGUUCAAUUAUUUUAGUCAUAAGAAUAUUUACAAGUAUAAAUUAUGAUGCUAUUGAUGCAAAUAAAAAUAUAAUGUGUGAUUUCUUAAAAGUAUAAGUAAUUAUGGACAAUAUUUGUAAAAUUUAUUAAGAAAUAUCAUAAACUAUAAAUUAAUAGAUGUUUCAUUCAAAAAGCUUUAUACCUAGAAUUUCUCGAAAUUUUAUUAAUUAGUGGAUGUUUAAGUUGAUGAGCCAUCAAAGGAUAUGAAAUCGAUGUUUUAUACAAUAUGUAUCAUAGUAACAUUUAUGUCUAAGUAUUUAUAUCUAUAUUUAUUUUUAGUUCUUUCUCGUGUAAAGUUAUUCCUAAAUGAUCGACCAACGUACUGAUUCACUAAUACGAAAAUUUUAAUAUCGCUUUAUACAUUGAUAUAAGAUCGACGAUAGAAAUAAAAAGGAAUAUUGAAUCAAAUA